UUUAACAUUGACUAUUGAAAAUCUUUAAGAUCGGACAUAAAACUAAUUAACUUUACUUUCAAAUAAAUUGAUUUAAAAUUUUCUUUUAGUGAAUCAUUUUUUGUUAACUCAGUAAAAAAGAUCAUUGAUGAUAAAAUUUUCAAUUUGUAACGAAUGCGGAUACGCUGAGGAUUCAAUUUGCUAGACAUGGUUUAAUUUUAUUGAAAUAUGUAAAGAAUAUGUUAUUUUACCAAAGUAAAAGAGGAUAUUUUAUUUAUGAAGACAAAAAGGUAGGACACAAAAUGGCAAAAUUAUAUACCCACGUCAUCACAUUUGUUUUAUGUGACAUCAUAGAAAUAGUGUAUGCAAAUGUUUCAUGGACAUUAAAACCAGAGAUUAUACGUAUAGGAGAGACAUUAUCUUUACUUUGUACUGUUGAUGGUAUAGAUUCCAUCAACGGGGGACUUAUCAGGCAAUGGACGAAAGGUUCUGAACUUAUUUGUUUUAAUGGCCACCCAAUAAAUCCAGAUAAAUAUAGAGAGAUUCAACAAAAUGGAAAUCAAUUUGAACUGAAGAUCUAUAAUAUAUCAGAGUCAGAUCUGCAGUGUAAAUAUCAAUGUCGAUAUGGCUUUGAUACACAAACAAAAAAGCUGGAAAUAUCGGAACACAAUUUUGAAAAUCCUCCAGCUAAUGACACAAGAGCUACAAUCUUUACCAACACAUCUGAUGGAAUGCUCACAAUACAGCUGCAUUUAAACAAGGUUUACCCAAUUCCAAACUGUACAAUAACUGGUAGGGGUACAGAUAUACCAUUCAAGAUUGUGAAGUUAAUUAGACGAAAGGACAUCUAUUAUAAAGUUUUUAUGCGCAAUGCAUUACCAAAUUCGACGAAUUGCGAUGAUGAUUUGGAAGUUACAUGUCGAUUUAUAAUCAAGUAUCAUAUACCAGUUGAAAAAACGAUGAUGUGUGAAGUGAAAAAUGAAACAACAACAGACAAAAAGAUGUUGAUUGGUUUGUUGAUUUCCUUAAUCAUAGUAGUAGCUGUAGCAUGUAUGGUUACUUGGAUAAUACUCAAAAGAAGAAAAUCAAAAGAACAAACCGGAAAUUAUAACGUAGAUGAGAAAAGAAGCUGCGAUAUGACUUUCACUAGCAACAAACUUGAUGAUGAUAGUUUAUGUAACUCUAUACACUAUGGAAAGGAGAUGAAUGAUGAUCAACAAAAACCUUUUCUCGUUCCUGAUAGUAAAAGUUAGAGAGUCAAAGAUAUGCUUUUGUGUGUACAAAAAUAUUAACAAUACCAAUUUAAUUACACUAGCUAGCAUUUAAUAAUCAUUUUAUACAUUUAGAAGUAUAACAGGAUAACCAACUGGAGAUAUACCGGAAAUUAAAUGUAAUGUUUUCACUCUACCUAUAUGAGUUGAAGACAAACAAUUUGGGCAUGUAACGGAUGAACACCACAGACUAAAUGCAAAUAAAAACAAUUUGCAAUUGGCAACAUCAAGUUAUGUGUAAAUUCUUUAGAUUCGUCCAUACACACAUAAUACUUAAAGGAUGUACAUCUCUGAGUAGCCAAAAAUUUCUAGAAUUAAACUUUUUUUCUUAACCUGGGUUAUUACGAUUGUAAAUAAAAUAAUGAGUGAAGAAAAAAUUAUAUGGUGGUGCACUUCUUUUUUUUUUUGCUACAGCCCUUUGAAAGUACCCAAUUUUGAUGAUUUUCCCAUUUUGGGCUAUUAUCAUGAAAAAAAUCACAGUUCCACAAUUUCUUUUAUACUUUCAACAAAAACAAAGUGGACCAAUCUGAAUAAAUUUAACUUAUAGGUAGGUGUUGAUAUAAGAAAGUUUUAUCAUAUUUUGUUGUUUUUUCUCUGUGUUUAGAACAUAAUGCCGUUUAUGUCAUUUUGUUUUGUUAUAAUAGUUAUCAAAUGUACCAGGCUUCUAAUUUGAUGAUGAUUGAAAAAAACAUUUCUAAGAAAUUUGAAAAGAAAAAAGUGAUAUAAGAUGUACAUGUUUCUGGUUAAAUCAUUUCUUGUACCCCUCACCCAUUUUUUCAACAUUUUGGCUAAAAAGACUGACUUGAUUGGUAAUAGAAUUAAAAAAAAGUAUUAAUCAAAACAAAAACUACUUGUUUUAAAUACACAUUUGUUUCACAGUCAAGUUUGAUUAUAGCAUUUUUAAAUUCAUUGAUAUUUUCCACUUGUAUCACAUGUUUUGGAAAUAAUUCAUGAACGAGACUGAAACGUCAGAAGAAUACAUCCGUAAGCAAUAUUUAAAAUAAUAAGUGUUCGAAGAUUGUUUAUGUCUUGUCUUCCAAGUUUCAUGUGUUUUUGUUUCAACAGUAAUGUUUAGCAUUGUAUGAAGGGAGACUUACUGUUUCAGUUGUAUUUUUUUAUUUUUCUGGUUAUGUCAUACAUUUUAGUCAUUACUAGAACAUUGCUUUUUAUCUUUUGACUUUGAAUUAUGAUAUUCAGACUGGUAUUUAACGAUACGGUGUUGCAGGAAGACGUAGUACAAAAUAUUAUCAUACAGUUCUCUUUUUUCGUACAUGAAAUCGUAAUUGUCCGAAAGCUAUGCUCGGUAAUGCAAGAUUCCAUUUUCCGCAUGCUUGAUUGACCUAGGAUGAAACAGACUGUUUUGUUUUUGCCACUUUCAAACAUAUAGCUCGCAUCGUUUCUAUGUGUUUUUGUUUGACAAUAUGCAUUAUAAUUGUAAUUUCCUUAAACGAUUAUAAAAAAAACACAUCACUGACUUUUAUAUGGAAAGUUAUUAAAUCCAGCCAGAAAAGCACCACUGACGCAAGACCUUUAUAAAACGUUGGUUUCCUUCUUAAACUUAUUUUUGUCAUCUAGAUAAUCAAACAACAUCUAGGUUUUUGUAAUAUGUUUCUGUUUCUAUUUGAUACAUCCUUGACUAUAAUAUUCGGCUUUGAAGUUUCCUGAUAAAAGUUAAUCCAGCUUUGAAUGCUUGAAAUUUACGACGUAAUUGUUUUAAUUUUUAGCGUUAUAAUACCGCUGAAGUAACUGUUCUUGAGCUUUUUCGAAUCUUUCCGACCAAUGUUUUUUAUUUAUUGAAUGCAUUAACUGAAUUAACACGAUACCAUUUUUAGAAAAACUUGUGAUUGGAAGCGGUUUCAUUUCAAUUCAGGUGAUUUAUUUAACUAUAGGAGGCCUUUAAAAUUAAUCGAUAUCGAAUGUAAUCAGGUUAAAAAAAACUCAUCUCAUCGACUUUUCUUUUUACUCAGUUUUGUAUUAGAAAAAAUAAAAAAAAUCUAAAGGUGGUAUUAAACAAAUUAAUCAAAUAUCUUUUUUAUAUCUUUCAUUUUGUAUAUUUUGAUAGCAGUGGUAGUUUAAUAUAAACAGCAAGGCAGAAAUACUUUAAAGGGAAGAGACAAUGGUCAUAAAGACUGGUAAAAACUUUGUUCAGAGGAAAUGUUUUGUUAUAGAUGUUUUUUUUUUCAAAUUUGAAAUUUCAGAUAAAAGACAGUAAAACAUCAUACGCCGAAAAAGAAAAGAAACAAUAAAAAAAAAACAAUUUAAAAUGAAAAAAAACAACAAAAGUUCAUUAAACACCGAACAAAGUGAUUGAGACAGCAAAUACCAAAGAAAAAACAAGCCUGUGGAUAAAUUCCGAUUUAUCCGAUCGCGAAUGCUGAUCAGUUCAUGGUGUCCUUUUUGUUUUCAAGAUAGUGAAUAAUCACCAACAACAGUAAAUGAAGACAAAACGAGUCACGACAAAUGCAUCCCAUCCGUUGUCAUCUGCAGUCUACCAUGUCAUAAUGACAUUAGUUAAACUUCGAAAAACGAAACUUCAUCUGUGAAUCAUUGCGUAAGAAGCUUCCUUGUCCAUUUUGUUCUUUUGAUAAACAACUAUUUAUCGGGAGAAAUUGUGAAUCAAAAUACAAGAUAUGAAAUAUCCAUUAACUGGAAGACAACUCAAAUUGAUCUUUGUGUUUUUUCUUCCGUAUAUCGAAUUAGAGUGGACAAUACAAAAUCAAACAUAUAGUUACAUAAAUGACUUCUUUUAUUAAAGCACAACUGCAUGGAGUUGUUUCAAUC